UGCUAAAACAUUUUCUUUCCGAUACUUGCGAUACUUCGGCGUUUUUUCUUUUUCUUUUAUCUACCAAGGAAUCCAAAGAACAGUGGCUAUGGAUGUCAUUGGACCCAUCAUUGAAAUUCUGAAGCACCUAUGGGCACCUUUUUGUCGACUAUAUAGCGAUGCCAAAAGCCUCAAACAGAAUCUGGAUACCCUAAGAAGGAAAAUGGAAGAAUUAAGUCACCAAGAACAAGAUAUAAAGAUGAAAUUGAAUAGAGGCGAGGUACAUGCAGGGAAGAAGCCUAAGAAUGAAGUCCAACUAUGGCAGGAAAAUGUACAAAAAGCAGAGUAUGAAGCGCAUAUCAUAGAAGAAAAAUCAAGAGAGAACAUGAGUUGCUUGAGAGGGUGUUUUCCAAAUUACUAUUCCCGUCUAAAGUUGAGCAAGCUUGCGGUGGAAAGGAUCAAGAUAGUGGAUGAGCUUCAAGAGAAGGGCCGGCUCUUUAGUGAUUUGUUUGCUGAUUCACCUCUAGAUGGUGGAAGGACCUUAGCGACAACAACGUUAGUUGGUAGAACCACAGCAGAUAGAACAAUGGAGGCGAUUUGGGAAUGGUUGAUGGAUGUUCAGGUUGGAAUAAUUGGUGUUUAUGGCAUGGGGGGAAUUGGCAAGACAACGAUCAUGAAGCAUGUUUUCAAUCGACUCGUUGAAGCAUCGGCUUUUGAUAGUGUCAUCUGGGUAACUGUGUCUAAAGCUUCAAACUUGGAGCAGUUUCAAAACGUUGUCUCAAGGGCAUUGGAUAUAGAGUUCUCUAACAAUGCAGAUGAAAUGAGAAGAUCGCAGGAGUUAUUUGCAGCUUUGAAGAGGAGGAAAAAAUUUGUGCUCAUCUUGGAUGACAUGUGGGUUGCAUUUCCUCUAGAGUGGGCAGGGAUUCCAAAACCUGAGGUAGAAAAUGGCUGCAAGUUGGUAUUGACGACUCGUUCUUUCGAAAUUUGUCAAGGUAUGGAAACACAAAGGGCAAUUAAGGUGGAAGUUCUUUCUGAAGAGGAAGCGUGGGAAUUAUUCAAGGAAAAAGUUGGUGGUGGUGUUUUCUCUCCACAAGUAGAAGAAAUAUCAAAGCUUGUUGCUAAAGAAUGUUGUCAAUUACCUCUUGCAAUCAUCAGUGUCGGCCGGAGUAUGAGGGAGGUGAAUGACAUCAGGAUUUGGAGAAACACGUUGAAUGAAUUGCAAAGUUCGACGACGGAGAUCAGAAGCAUGGAAGAAGAUGUGUUUGCACGUCUACAAUUCAGUUAUACUCGCCUAAAAAAUGACACAAUCCGAGCUUGUUUCUUAUACUGUGCAUUGUAUCCCGAAGAUUUUGCUAUUCCCAGCAAGGGCCUAAUAGAAAACUGGAUCGGGGAGGGGUUUAUAGAUGACUUGGGAAACAGAGAAGCCGAAAUGGAUAAGGGGCAUGCUAUAUUGAAUGAACUCCAAUAUGCAUGCAUGUUGGAAGGUGCUUCCGAUGGAAUUUAUGGCGAAUGUGUUAAGAUGCAUGAUUUGGUUAGAGAUAUGGCCCUUCGCAUCACACGAGAUAGUCCUCGGUUUUGGGUGAAAGCCGAUGUCGGGUUAACGGAAAUGCCAAAAGUUGAGGAAUGGGUGGAAGAUGUUCAAAGGAUAUCAUUGAUGAGAAACAAAAUAGAGAUACUUACAGGUCAACCGAACUGCCCUAGACUCUCUACCUUGUUGUUGCAAGAAAAUCGCUUCUUGAAGUACAUCUCUCAUUCCUUCUUUGAGCAUAUGAACAGCCUUAGAGUUCUAGACCUAUCGUAUACGAAGAUUGAGGAGCUUCCACAGUCACUUUCCAACUUGGCAAACCUCCACAUACUCCGUUUGCAUUAUUGUGUAGGAUUGAGGAAACUGCCUUCACUAGCAAAUCUCAAGUCACUGAGAGUGUUGGACCUCUAUUAUGCCCCCAUUGAAGAAUUGCUACAAGGGAUGGAAGGAUUGGUUAACCUCAGACGUCUUGAACUCUCUUGGACGCAUAAACUUCACAUGUUCCCAGCAGGGAUUGUAUCCAGGCUCUCCCUCCUAGAAGACCUAAUAAUGUAUGGGAACCCAUGGCGAUGGUCAUCGAACUCAACAGAGACAGGAGGAGGUAGCAUUGAUGAAAUUAAGAGCUUAACCCGGUUAGCAAAUCUUAGCAUCCACAUUGCAGAUGUGCCAAGCUUCCUUAACUAUGUUAGAUCUAUGAAGUGGCAAACAUUGAAAAGCUUCCACCUCAUGGUUGGGCUGACUUCAGAAUCUAUAUCACUUCCGUCAGACUGUACUGUAGAAUUUCACGGUUGCGAUCUCGUUAGCCAUAAGAACUCUCUCAUGGUCCCAAACAGCACUCGAGUCUUAGGCAUCAGUAAGUGCAAUAUCACUCGGUUGUCAGAAUUUUCUAGCUUAUUAAAUGCGGCGGAGUUUAAAGAAUGUUAUAUCCGUAAUUGUGAUGUGAUGCAGUGCAUUUUAAUGGAUGAUGAGAACACCUUCCUGAGCUUAGAGACGUUAGACCUUAAGCUUCUGCCUAGUUUAAGUUCUCUCUACAAGGGCAUCAUGCCACAUGGCACCCUUGGAAGCCUGAAGAACUUGUACAUUGGCUUUUGUAAUAACCUGAAGAAUCUGCUCUCACUUGAAUUGUUAAAUCACCUUCAAAACCUUGAACAAGUUAAAAUCCGCUAUUGUGAACUGAUGGAGGAGGUGGUAGGGGAAGAAGGUGAGAUCGUUGAAGACAUAACUGAUACCACCACUAGCAUAAUACUCCCAAGGUUGAAGAGAUUGAGUGUGAGUGGAUUAAAAGAAUUGAAGAGCAUUUGUAGGAGGAAAGUCAUUUGUAAUUCUCUAUGUACUAUCAGAGUUCGUGGAUGUCCGAAGCUGAAGAAGCUCCCUCUCUUUGAUAAUAUCCCACCCACUCUUAAGGAGAUCAAAGGAGAGAGGGAAUGGUGGGACGCACUAGAGUGGGACGAUGCUAAUGUCAAGACAUUCCUCCAACGCCGAUUCAUAGAAAUAGAAUCGUGAAAUUGCAAAUGAAAGAAGAAGACGUGCUAUUUUACUCUCUA